UGCUGUGCGCCUCUGGAUCGAGUUUAGAGCAGUGGGAUUGUGAGGAGCUACGCGUGCGGUCGGUUGCUUCAGCUUAGAAGAAUCUGACAUGAUGAAAAUGUCUAAUUAAAACAACGACCCGCUCUUCCAAUUAUGUGACAGUCUGCUGUUUCCAGUGUAUAACGCGUCAGGACCGUUUUGGAACAUUUCACCUAAUUCACUAGAGGAACAUUUUUAAGACUCACACGCACAUUUAGGAAGCCCAGCUGGUUUGGAGGCUCAGGGCUUGUGCAUCCUGCUACCUGCACAGUGCAUGACCGACCUCUCCAUAAAUUCAAAUGGCUUGCUGUCUGAAGGACGAGCUCUUGUGUUCCAUUUGUCUGAGCAUUUAUCAAGACCCAGUCAGUUUCGGCUGUGAGCACUACUUCUGUCGUAAGUGCAUCACUGAGCAUUGGAGCAGACAGGAGCAUCACGGCACACGAGACUGCCCGGAGUGCAGGAGGACCUUCACAGAUCCCCUUUUAUCCCCAAGCCUGAAGCUUUCCAACAUUGUGGAGAGGUACGCCGCUUUCCCUCUGGACGCCAUCCUAAACGCCCAGAGGAACUCGUACCCAUGCAAGGACCAUGAAAAGGUCAAGCUCUUCUGCUUAAGUGACAAGAGCUUGGUGUGCUUCUUCUGCGAUGAGCCUGCCUUACACGAACAGCACCAAGUCACCACCGUCGACGAGGCCUAUGAGGAAAUACAGAGGGAGAUGAAGGAGCAGCUGGCGACUCUACAGGACAGUGAGAAGGGUCAUACAGAGGCUUUGCAGCUACUGCAGAGGCAGCUCACCGAAACCAAGUCAUCAGCAAAGAGCCUUCGUGCCACAAUCGGCGAAGCAUUUGAGCGACUGCACCGCUUCCUGCGCGAGCGACAGAAGAGCAUGCUGGAGGAACUGGAGGCGGACACGGCGCGCACGCUCUCUGAUAUCGAGCACAAGAUCCAGCGCUACAGCCAGCAGCUCCGUGACGUCAAGGAAGGGAUCCAGAUCCUUCAGGAGCGACUCAGUGAGACCAGCCGUCACGAAUUCUUGGAAGGAAUAGCCCUGACGUCGGACAGGGAGCAAGUGAUUCGUGGAGGGUAUUGCUGGUGGAAGCUACCAAGAAUAAAGGGAAAGAUCCAUGAAACAAACCUCACCUAUGAAGACUUUCCGACUUCCAAAUACAUGGGGCCUCUACAAUACACAAUCUGGAAGUCUCUUUUUCUGGAUAUAUCGCCAGUGCCUGCUGCUUUAACCAUGGACCCCAUCACUGCUCACCAGCGGCUCAUAUUGUCGGACGACUGCACCAUCGUUGCGUACGGGAACCUGCACCCACAGCCCCUUCAGGAUUCGCCGCGCCGCUUCGACGUCGAGGUGUCAGUGCUGGGUGCCGAGGGCUUCUCCGGGGGCGUCCACUAUUGGGAAGUGAUGGUGUCCGAGAAAACCCAGUGGAUGAUCGGCGUGGCCAAUGAGACGGUGAACCGCAAGGGCAGCAUUCAGAUCCAACCCAGCCGAGGCUUCUACUGCAUCGUCAUGCACGACGGUAACCAAUACAGCGCUUGCACCGAGCCCUGGACGCGCCUCAACGUAAAGAGCAAACUCGAGAAAGUGGGCGUCUACUUGGACUACCCCAAAGGUUUGCUGGUUUUCUACAACGCCGACGACAUGUCCUGGCUCUACACCUACCGAGAGAAGUUUCUAGCCAAACUUUUUCCAUACUUCAGCCCCGGACAAAGUCACGCUAAUGGAAAAAAUGUGCAGCCCUUGCGAAUUAACACCGUGCGUUUAUAAAUACGGAGUCAGCAGAGAAAUUUCGGGGAUGAAAAGAAGAAACUGAAAAACUAGGGUGUAUAAAAAAAAAAAAAAUUCUUUCUUUCAGCUUACCUUAGGGCGCUCGGUGGGUAGCCAACAUGGUACUGAAUGAAGCGAUCUGACUGAUGGAUUGUGACGUAAGGCUCUGAAAGCGCCUGGAGUUGGUAAAUAAAAUGGAGAGCCUUGCAUUUUUCUGAGAGGUGCCUAUGGGCAUUUUGUACAUUUUACUGUUGCUGGUCAUUUGUAAUCUUGCCGUGGCCAGCCUGCUUGACCAAGAUUUCCCAGCUGCUUGUACACAAUACCCCGACUUAUGUUCCCUCAGCCCCUGCAGGGUCCAAACGCUCCUUUCAUGGCUCUAGUCUAGGAAAAAAAAGAGCUUAUCUGUUGAGCAGACAGAAAUAAGAAAUGUGUUGCCUGUUUUGUUUUGUGCAACUGGCUUUGGCGUGUUUGUGGAGUGUGUCAGGCCGCUACUCAACACUGAGGUAGUGCUGUACGAACUUAUUGCUUUAUUUUAUUUUUCAAUAACUGCAUGAACGGUGAGUGGAAUAUCGUGUUCCUCAGGUCAUGCUUAUUCGCGAUGGUGACUGUGUUUGACCCCCAGCCGUGUGUGUGAAUGAUUGUGUAUGUAUUCUUAUUCCUUUUUAGUCAAAAUUCAGGGCAGAGGGGCUCAAAUGCCACUAACGCAUCUGCUGCUAUCAAAAAAAGGGACUUUGCGCAUUUGUACAUAUCGCAGGACAGCUUUGGCUUUGCUCUAUCCGUGAAAAGUGCGUCCCCCACGCCUUCCUUUUCCCUUUAGCUUGGUAUCGCUUUUAUUUAUUCAUCCUGUGCUUACUUUCUAGAACAUUCCAGUGUUUGGGGUCCCGGGACAUCUCAUUAGGAUGGCCGAAGUGUGUUAAAGAGGACGCUGGGUCAUCUGUCAGCUUUAUCACAUGAAAUCAGGUGAUAAUCUUGCGAGAUGGUGAAAGACAUUUCCAUUUUCGAGAAACUGCAUCCGUUGCUCUUUAGAAAAGUGUUGAAAUAGCUGCAUUUUUCCUUAUGAGUCUAAAUUAAUUUCCUGUGUAAACAAGGACCUGAUCCAAUUUCAAUGCCUUUUUAAAGUGUGUAUAUAUAUAUAUAUAUAUAUAUAUAAUAUAAAUUUUUACAGUGCAUAUAUAGUUUUAAACAGUAUACACUCUCGUAAAUUUUCCUUGAUUGUUCGGAUGUGGCCACUGUUACAAUUUGGUGCAUUGAUGUUCUCCGAGGCUGUUUUAUAUCCUGAAUAAUUAUAGCUUUUUCUCCAUGAAUUCUUGUCAAUGGAGCAAUACACCUGGUUGAAAUAAAUUCCACUGAUCUUACCUGAAAUGACGGGCAGGUUCGGAAUCCAUUCCAUGUUUUAUUUUGUGCUUGAACUUCACUCCUGUUUGGUUAUGAUGUUACCUGUGUGUUCUGUCAUUUUUGGUGUUAAAGGAUAAAGGUGUUGGACAUUUAUGACCGAGACCUCGGUGGGGUCAGUGUUACACAAGGUUGCUUGUGUUAUGAGGCAGUCUGAUGAUUAUUAUUAUUGUUAGGUGAUGGUGAUGGGUUCUUUUAAGAUAUAUAGUUAUAUAUUACUGAGGAUUGUUGUUGUUAUUGGUGUUGAUGAUGAUGAUUUGUGUGUUUGGAUGAAAGCUGCUUUACACCCAUCAUUGUCUAAAUGCAUUUUGUCUAAAUGCAAAAAAUGUUUUAAUGUUCAAUUAAAAAAAUGGUAAAUCCAAAAA